CAUCGCAUUACAGUAGCUCGCAUCGCCGACGCCGCGCGGCCGCUUAAUACAGCGCACGCACGCGCGAGGCAGCGCCAACUGCCACCUACUGUACUUCACCACACACAAUGGCGCCGGUCCCCAUCGCGCCCAAGCCGCCCAGCCCGGAGAGCAGCAGCGCGAGCUCGCGCGUGCUUGCGUCCGCGCCCGUCGUGGAGAGGAAGAAGCGCGGGAGGAAGCGGUACUCUUGUGCCGAGUGUCGCCGGCUCAAGCUGAAAUGCUCUAAAGUGUGGCCUUGCACCAUGUGCGAGCGGCGCGGCUGCGCGUCCAUCUGUCCCGAGGGCGUGCUUGAGCGCGAGCGGCCCAGACCAAAGCAGCAGGAGGAUCUGAGUAAAGAGCAGAUGGCGCACCGGAUAGCCGUGCUCGAGGCGGCGCUGUCGUCUAGCGCAUCAUCGCGUCACGCGCACGCCGCGCCCAUCCGGCCGCCGGCGUCGCCGCGCGUCUCGCCGACCAUUCGGCGCAUAUCCCCGCUGCCCAAAGCCGAGAUCAUCGCGCCCCCGGGCACGUUGAGCGGCGCGGGAGGCGAGACGCGCUACGUCGGCAGUCUGGCAGGCAGCGCGUACCUCCGCGAGCGGGACGCCGUGCUCCCGCAGCUGCCGACGCUGGCCACUUCCUUUGACGGGCGGCAGUUCGCCGCGCCCCGCCGCCUGAGCCCCGAAGCGGCCAGCAUGAUGCGCAGCGAGAGCGGCGCCGCGCGCGCCAAGGCUUUCCUUCCCUCCUGGGAGGAGGCGGGGCACAUGCUCCAGAGCUACUGGGACCACGUUAACUGGAUACACCAGACGAUCCCGAGGGCGACGCUGGAUGCGUACUUGGCCAGCGCUUAUGACCCCGACGCGGCGACGGCGCCACAUGCGCUGGCGUGUGUGUUCCUCGCCAUGGCGUUGGGGGUUCUAUUCGACAUUGCGCGCGCGCCAUUCCACCCGCGCGGCCGCGAGCUCUUCCUCAUAGCCCAGGACAUCCUCCACCGGUCCCCCUCGAAGCCCAGCGUCGCGCUAGUCCAGGCCCAAGUCCUACUGGGGACGUACAUCCUCAACGACAACGACGCAGACGGCGCAGAGCGCUACUGGACUAUCCUCGGCAGCGCUAUCAAGAGCGCGCAGAGCGUCGGCCUGCACCGCGACGGCGCGGCGUUCGGCCUCUCCCCCGCCGAGGUCGACGAGCGCCGCGUGCUCUUCUGGGAACUGAUGGAGUACGACCGUACCCAGGCGCUCAGCUUCGGCAGGCCGUGCGGCCUGAGCAACCGCCAUGCGGACACUAGGUUCCUCGAGCGCAGUGAUAGCCUGCCCGACGAGUCGGGGUAUCAUGCCGCCAAGCACCGCCUCGUGCGCAUGCUCGAGGCGGUCAUCGACGUGCAGGUCCAGCCGACGCCCGUGUCGUAUGCGACGGUUGUCGAGCUUGACGGGCAGCUACAGGAGUUCCGCCGAACCCUCCCCGAAUCACUCAUGUCCAAUGUCGCGAUCCAGGACCUGCCCCUCGACACCGACCAACACCCGCACCUCGUCCUGCAGCGCCUCGGCAUCCGCCUGCUCAUCGCCGAGACGCGGCUGCACCUGAACCGCGCGGCGUUCGUGCAGGCGCUCAAGACGAACCCGCUCGCGCCGUCCCAGAGCCCCUUCUCCGGCUCCUUCGUGGCGCUGUACGAGAGCGCGCAGGAGAUCGUGCAGGUCGUGAAACAGCUUGUACUUUACUCUCCUGCGCUCGCCGAGCGGUGGUGGUUCUUCUGGUUCCAUGUCUUCUCUGCCGCGGUGUGCCUCGCGGCCAUCGCGAUCGAGGCGCCGACGUGCGGGUUCGCGACGCCUGCUUUUUCAGGGCUGUCGAUCGUGUGUGAUCUGUCUGCUGCGGCGCGGGACGGGUGUCGCGUCAAGGAGGGCCUGGGGACGUUGUUGGGGUUGAGGCGGCGUGCGCGGGACAGGUUGGAGCACGUCCAGCGCGCGCAGAGUAUCCGCCACAGCCGUCCCGGCAGCGCGAGCAGCGACGAGAAGGCGCGCUCCGACGACGAGGUGCUUGAUCGUCUGCUGUUCCCCGCUGAACGCGCCAAGCCCUCCGUCGAGGAGAGCAAGGCGGCCAACAAUAAGGUCGACGACGCGAUUCCCGGAGGUAACCACUUGCCCCUGUGGCCCGACACCGCGUCGGUCCUCACCGCCAAGGGCUCCGACUUGCACCUGCCACCCAUCCUGGGGCAGUUUGAACCCGCCCCCCAGUGGGCAUAG